UCUAUAUAUUCCAUAUGGAUAUGCUUUUUCAAAUCUAAUGAAUUUUGAAGAUUAUGAUAUAGAUCAUUUACCAUUAAAAAAGUACUGUGAACCUUUUGAAAAAUAUGAAAAUGUAAAAGUAAGCAUUUGGAUUCAGUCAUUUAUUAGAAAAAUCAAAAGCACCUUUUUUUUUAAAUAUGUAAAAGUAUUCACUAGUUUUAGGGAUCUUUUAUAUGUUAAUAUAUUUAUUGCUAUUAUCCUUUUUAUACUGAAAUAUUAUAUAAACAAAAAUAUUUUCUAUUUAAAAAUUAUAUUAAACCUCUACAUUAUACUAAUUUUCCUAAUCACAUGUUUUAUUCUUAACUCUAUAUCAAAUAAUUUAACAUAUAAUUACGUAUUCAACAAAUAUUAUUUAUUCAAUGAAAAUCUUUUAACUUUUUUGCAAAGUCUAAAUUUUAAAAUUAAAGUGGGCUCCCAAUUUAUAAUGCAACUUGAAAAAAUUAACAAUGCACCUAAGUUAAAUGACCUAGAAUAUAUAAAUUCCCUCAAUCAAUUUUAUUUAUUAAAUAUGAAGAGAGAUUUUAUUUUGGUUAUUCAACAAGUUAUUAAUUUAUUAGCUUACCAAAGUUACCAUUAUCCAUCCCAAAAAGCCACAUUUAAAUACAUUAAAAAAAAUUGUGAUAUUAUGGUUGGAGAAUCUUCUACUUUUGAAGAUAAUGAAAAUAUAACUCAUGUUCAAAUAACUCAAAUGUAUAAAAUCUAUAAAUUUACCAUAAGUGAAUAUCUUAAAUAUAUUUUUUAUAUGAAAAUUCAAUCCCCAAAUAUGAGUUAUAUUGAAUUGAUGAUCAGCAUAUUUAGGGGAAUUUUCCUGAAGAAUAAGUUGAACAAAAUUAUUACUCAAUAUGAAACAAAUGUAAGAUACCUCAAGGAAAAAGUAUUUGAUCUACCAGAUAUUGAUAUUAAUAAAUUAGAUAAUCUAACUAUAUCAGAAAAUACUCAAAAAUUUUAUAUACAAGCCCUUAGAUAUAAUUUAAUAGAUAAUCUAGCAAAGUUAAAUAUUUUAAGCCAAUUAAAUAUCCAAUCUUCUAAAACAACAAAUAUUUUACAUGAUUUAAAAUCUAAAUUCAAUAUAAAUAGUAGAUUAUUGAAUGAAAUAUUAGCAUUUAGAAGUAAUGAUGCAUCGAAAAAUGAGAUUAUUAAAACUAUUUCCCAUGAACGUUUUCUUCAUAAAAACGACAAGCAAAAAUUAUAUAUCAAUAAAAAUGUUACCUCAGAAUACUCAAUUGAAGAUCAAUUUUUUGAAUGUAAUACCAUAGGUAGGGACUCACUGUAUCAAGAUACAAGUUUGAUGACCUAUGAUGAAGAUGAAUCUGCAUCUCUAAAUGAAGAAAUGAAAAACAAAAUGACCUUGUUGAACAACGAAUUAAAGCUUGUGUUAAAACUCCGCAUGAAAUUUUGGCAGAUUCGAAGUGCGCUUAUUGGCCAUAGUUUUUCAAAAAAUAGAAAGUACAAAAAAAGUAUUAUUCUCCAGUUCGAUCACUUAAAGCUACAUUUUGACUCGUUAAAAUAUACAGAAUUUAGUAACACCCCAACGCCCUCAGAUAAUAAUAUUAUAAAUUUGGAGCAUGAAAUGGAUGAUAUAAUAUUGGGUUUGGGAAUCACAAAUAGCGAUGAAGAUGAAGAUUCCAAAUCCAAAGAAUGUGCAUUGCCUAUCUAUAAAACUAUUGAAUUGAAUGCCAAAAAAACGAAGAUAAGUAAAAAACAUCUGGACACAUCAAUAUUAAAAAUUAAGCAAACCCAACCAAUGGCUGAUAAUGCUAAAGUUGAUGAAAUCAUACACCCAUCAUGUAUUUUUGGAGAUAAUAGUCCUUUCGAUUUUGCUAAACAAAUUGUAGCCAAAGUUAUUUCGGAUAAAGAACUUAGGAAACAAAUAUCAAAUUCAAAAUAUAUUGAAUCUCUUGGGAAUAUUAGUACCUCUGGUCAGUUAAUUGAAGAAGAGACUUUCGAAUAAAUUUGUUGUUAGAUUUUAUAAAAAUAAUAUUAUAUAUCUACAUUAGAGUAUUAGUUUUUUUUUAAAUGAAUAAAUUCUACCAUUAUAUCAAUCAAUGAAGAUUAUUAUUUAAUAAAAAUAUUAUAUGCUUAUGAUAUAAAAAAAAUUAAAAUCAUUCAUUUAUCUCCAGUUAACAAUGUUGAUUUAGCCUAUGAUUUAUUUACAAUGAAAUGGAAUUACACAAAACUGGAUUUUUAUAGGUUAUGAAGUCUUUAUAUUCUCCAAGGGGAAAUCUAUAUUUACCAAGGUUUUUAUAUCCCAACAAUAUCUCAACUAUCCCUAAGACUUUAAAGUAUGUAUGGUUUAGAAUACUACCAACCAUUUGUAGAACUCCUUAUAAAAGAUUUCAAGAUAUAUUUAUAAUAAUGAAAAUAUAAUCACCACUAUGCUUUUGCAAUUUUUAAAAUAAAUUGGGCAUGGUAGAAAUUAGAGAUGAACUCAAUAAUUAAAGAUAAACUUAUCUGUAGAAUAUAUGUUAUAAUAUCAAACUCAAUAUUGAAAAAAAUCACCUAACAUAACGAGAAAAUCUCAUGUUCUUUUAAUUUUGAUGAGGAUGAUAAAAUAAUUAUAUUAAUAAUAAUUGAUUAUCUAACAAAUUUUUGGAUCUCAUAAUAUAUAAAGAGUUCCCUUUUUUAAAACUACUUUUCAUAAAAGUAGAGAUUAUUU